AUAACAACAUAAUGAUUUACCCUAUAUCUAUUUACAUGAUAUAGUCAUAAUGAUUUACAACAAUUGCAGCUUUCAUUACACUAUAUAAAACAGGCACAGUUUAGUUCUCACCUGCAUCUUUUGGUAUUUCUCCACUAUGGAGUACACUCCUAGAGUUAUUAUUUCUCUGUUCUGCUGCUAUAUGCUUCUAUUGCAUAUUACCAGUAUUACUGUAAGCCCUGCCUUGGCUUUGGAAGACUGCGAGUUUCCAGCCAUCUUCAACUUCGGAGACUCAAAUUCGGAUACUGGUGGAUUCGCAGCAUCCAUUUAUCCCCCACCUACACCUUAUGGAGAGACCUAUUUUCAUAUGCCGGUUGGAAGAAUCUCAGAUGGAAGACUCAUUGUCGAUUUCCUCGCAACGAGUCUUGGUCAUCCUUAUCUAAGCGCAUAUCUGGAUUCCCUCGGGACCAAUUUCUCGCAUGGUGCAAAUUUUGCCACUUCAGCUUCCACUAUCAGACUCCCAGAUCUCAUUUUACCAGCCGGCGGAUUUAGUCCCUUCUACCUUGAUAUUCAAUACGUGCAGUUCCGGGAACUAAAGUCCAGAUCACAACUCAUAAGGCAACGAGGGGGAAUAUUUGCAAGUUUAAUGCCCAAGGAGGAGUACUUCUCCAAAGCUUUAUACACAUUCGACAUUGGUCAGAAUGAUCUUGGCGAGGGAUUUUUCGGUAACAAGACUAUACAGGAAGUCAAUGCAUCUGUUCCUGAUAUAAUCACUGGUUUCUCAACUAAUAUUAAGAAAAUAUAUGAUUUGGGGGCAAGAUCAUUUUGGAUCCACAAUACGGGGCCGAUUGGCUGUGUCCCUUACAUUUUGGUGAAAUUCCCAUCAGCUCAGAAAGAUGAGGUUGGCUGUGCAAAGGCUUACAAUGAAGUAGCUCAACAUUUUAACCACGAGCUGAAGCAGGCCAUAGUUCAACUCAGGAAGGAUCUUCCUUUGGCUGCAUUCACUUAUGUAGAUGUGUAUUCCGUCAAAUAUUCUAUUUUCAAGGAACCCAAAAAAUAUGGAUUUGAGCUCCCACUUGUUGCUUGUUGUGGCUAUGGUGGUAAGUACAACUAUAACAGUAGUACAGGAUGUGGAACAACAAUCACAGUCAAUGGAAGUCAAAUCUUUGUUGGCUCAUGCAAGAACCCAUCAGCUAGAGUGAACUGGGAUGGGAUUCAUUAUACUGAGGCAGCUGCGAAAUUUGUUUUUGAGAAAAUCUCAACUGGAGCAUAUUCAGAUCCACCUCUGCCAUUGAAACAAGCAUGCCACAGGAGUGGAAAUAAGAAAAAAUAAAAACGCCAUGUAUAAUAAGUGUGGCCUGAAUACUUUAUAAGUUCGGGUCCAAAAAUCAGUAGGUCAUAACAAGCAAGGCCCAACACAAAUAUGAUUUUAAUAUUAGUAAUUAUUUUCACUAUUUUUUUACCUUCAUUAAAAUAACAAUGCCGGAGGUUCAUGCAGGUUGUUUUGUUUGUUUUUUUGGUCAACAUGCAGGUUGUUUUGUUGGGAUCAAGGAAUUACCCA